AUGACGUCUGCCACACCUCCAUCCUCUCGCAGCUCCUCCCCUCAGAAAGUUUGCCACUCCCAGACACAGACAGACGUUUUAAAACCCUUACUGGGCGGUGGCAUCUCCGGCGGGGGCGGGACUCUGAGGAAGAGGAGGCGUGUCCUGUCCAAAGAUGGACGUAGCAAUGUGCGCAUUGAACAUGUCAGCGGGCGCAGUGCUCUGUACAUGCGCGACCUCUGGACCACUUUUCUGGACAUGCAGUGGCGCUACAAGUUCUUCCUGUUCACGGCUACGUUUGCCGGGACCUGGUUCCUUUUUGGGGUGCUCUGGUACCUGGUGGCGCUGGUGCACGGAGACUUGCUGGAGUUUGACCCUCCAUCGAACCAUACACCCUGCGUGAUGCAGAUGCAGACCCUCACUGGAGCUUUCCUCUUCUCUCUGGAGUCCCAAACGACCAUCGGUUAUGGUUUUCGCUGCAUCACCGAGGAAUGUCCGGCCGCGAUAAUCCUCCUCAUAAUCCAACUGGUCAUCACCAUGCUCAUGGAAAUCUUCAUCACUGGAACCUUCCUGGCCAAGGUUGCCCGGCCAAAGAAGCGAGGUGAGACGGUGAAGUUUAGCCAGCAUGCUGUGGUGUCCACCCAAGAGGGCAGACCCUGCCUCAUGAUCAGGGUGGCCAACAUGCGCAAGAGUCUGCUGCUUGGGUGUCAGGUGACUGGAAAACUGCUUCAGACAUCUCUGACCAAGGAAGGCGAGACGGUUCGUCUGGAUCAGAGAAAUGUGCCCUUUCAAGUGGACACCUCCAGUGACAGCCCCUUCCUCAUCCUGCCCCUCACCUUCUACCACGUCAUCGAUGACAGCAGCCCCCUGCGAGCCUGGGCGGCUAAAGGUGGUGGCUGGACGGAUCCAGAACUGGCAGACUUUGAGCUGCUGGUGAUCAUGAGCGCCACAGUGGAGCCCACCUCUGCCACCUGCCAGGUUCGCACCUCCUACCUGCCAGAUGAGAUCCUCUGGGGCUACGAAUUUCCUCCCGUAGUCUCCCUCUCCCCUUCAGGGAAAUACGUAGCGGACUUCGCCUUCUUCGACAAAGUGGCCAAGACCAAAACCACCCCCAUCUUCAAACCGUCUAGCCCUCAGCAUGAGUACCAGAGCAAUGGAGGUGGGACUGUGCCUGAGGUAUCUGAUCCGGAGAAGAUUCGUCUGGAGCAGAGCUACAGGGAGCAGCGAGGGGAGGACCGAGGCCGAGUCAGGGACACUCCUCUCAGUGUCCGUAUCAGCAAUGUCUGAACCGACAGACUGGAUAAGAAGGGAACGUUUCAUAGAAAGCAACACAAGAGAUUUUCAAGAUCAGGGUCGAUAGCAAAUUGGUGUAACAUCAUAUCAAAACAGACUGGGAGACUGCCUUUUUAGACAGUUUCAUCAGAAGGAUAUAGAAGAGACAGCU